CUAUAUAUAUGGUUUGAAGUGAGAGAGAGAUCGAGUGGGAAGGGUAUAUAGUGUGAACCUUUUUAUUUUCUUAUUGUGAAAUGGCUACCCUUGUUUCAAAUAAUUCAGCUUCUCCUUCUACACUGGAGAUAGAAGCAUGCAGUGAUAUUCCAAUAGGGAGGGAAAGAAGAGGAGAGGGGAACUCAGGUUGGAGUAAUGAGAGAGAAGAGAUGGGAAUAUGUUUGACAUGGAAGGAUGUGUGGGUGACUGCUUCUGUGGGAAAGAAUGGAAGCAAAUCAAUUCUUGAGGGUCUCACUGGUUAUGCCAAACCAGGCCAACUCUUGGCCAUCAUGGGUCCUUCUGGCUGUGGCAAAUCUACACUUCUUGAUGCUUUAGCAGGGAGAUUAAGUUCCAACACAAGGCAAACAGGGGAGAUCCUGAUCAAUGGGAAGAAACAAGCACUGGCUUACGGAACCUCAGCAUAUGUAACACAAGAUGAAACGUUACUGGCAACCUUAACUGUUGGAGAAACAGUGCACUAUUCAGCUCAACUCCAAUUGCCAGACACCAUGUCCAAGAAAGAGAAGAAAGAGAGAGCAGACUUCACAAUAAGAGAAAUGGGUCUUCAAGAUGCCAUUAACACAAGAAUUGGAGGGUGGGGUGUUAAAGGAAUUAGUGGGGGCCAGAAGAGGAGAGUGAGCAUAUGCAUUGAGAUUCUAACACGACCAGGACUUCUGUUCCUUGAUGAACCAACUAGUGGACUUGAUAGUGCAGCUUCCUAUUAUGUUAUGAGUGGCAUUGCUAGCCUUGACAAAAAAGAUGACAUGCACAGGACUGUUAUUGCCUCAAUCCACCAACCUAGUACUGAAGUUUUUCAACUUUUCCACAACCUUUGUCUUUUGUCUUCAGGUAGAACUGUUUACUUUGGACCUGCUUCUGCUGCAACUGAGUUUUUCGCUUCAAAUGGUUUUCCUUGUCCUACUCUCAUGAAUCCUUCUGAUCAUUUACUGAAAACCAUAAACAAGGAUUUUGAUCAGGUUAAUGAGUUGAAUUCAGGAGGGGCUGAAACAAUACCCACUGAAGAAGUAAUUCGGAUCCUUGUAAAUUCAUACAAGUCAUCCGAAAUGAACCAAGAAAUUCAGAAAGAAGUGGAAGUACUAUCUGAAAAGGACACCACUGCAACAAAUACGAAGAGAAAACAUGCUGGCUUCCUUAAUCAGUGUUUUCUUCUUACCAAAAGAUCAUCCAUUAACAUGUAUCGUGAUCUAGGCUAUUACUGGUUACGCCUUGCCAUAUAUGUUGCAUUGGCUAUAAGUUUAGCUACCACUUUCUAUGAUUUGGAUAAAAAUUAUCAGUCAAUUCAGGAUAGAGGCUCAUUUCUUAUGUUUGUAUCUUCAUUCAUGACUUUCAUGACCAUAGGUGGAUUCCCCUCCUUUGUAGAGGACAUGAAGGUGUUUGAACGUGAAAGACUAAAUGGACAUUAUAGUGUCACUGCAUUUGUAAUUGGGAACACCUUGUCAGCUAUCCCAUACUUGAUGUUGGUUUCAAUCGUUCCUGGAGCUAUAGCCUAUUACCUCCCUGGUCUUCAGAAAGGCUUUGAGCACUUCGUAUACUUCAUUUGUGUUCUCUUUUCUUGUCUAAUGUUAGUAGAGAGCCUAAUGAUGAUAGUUGCCAGCAUUGUCCCCAACUUUCUAAUGGGGAUCAUAACCGGUGCUGGAAUUCAAGGAAUCAUGAUGCUAGGUGGUGGCUUCUUCAGGUUGCCAAAGGAUCUUCCUGGUCCAUUUUGGAGAUAUCCAAUGUUUUAUGUUGCCUUCCAUAGAUAUGCCUACCAAGGAAUGUUCAAAAACGAGUUUGAAGGACUAAGAUUUACUACAAAAGAUGGUGGCUCCUACAUCACUGGUGAAAAGAUUCUGAGAGAUACAUGGCAAGUAAAUAUGAGUUACUCGAAGUGGGUCGAUCUUGGAAUCCUACUAGGGAUGAUUAUUCUGUAUAGAGUUAUCUUUUUGGUUAACAUCAAAACUACUGAGAAGCUAAAGCCCAUCAUUGUAUCGUUCAUGUCAUCAUCAGGGGCUACCAAGCGAAAAAUGCAAAUCAUGCAGAAUCCCAAUGCCACUCCUUUACAACAAGUUCAAGUUGUAUAGAAUUGAAGAAUCGGGUUCAAGUGUACGUGGGGACGAAAAAUCAUUUUCACAUUCGUAUAGAUGUGAAGAUCAAGAGAUAUGUAAUGUAAUAUAGUCUAUGCACUCUACGAAACCAAAGAAUAUCUCCAUUUGUAUCUUCGUUUAUAUAUGUAAGGAUUAUAUAUAUUUAAGCCUAUCAACUUUUGACCAUUUUUGUUUUUA